CGGCCAGAUGUGGAGGACUCGGGGUGCCCGGUUCGCUUUGGGGACGGUUUCUGCGGUCUGGCUUGGGUUGUCCUGAAGUCCCUGGUUUCGGCUUGGCUUGGAGACCCAGGGAAGCCUGGCCGGGCUCGCGGGAGGCGACGAUUCUGAGGUGCUUGGAUGCAGCUGGACCUGAGUGUCCCGGGACACUGAGAUGUCGACCUACAAGCGGGCCACGCUGGACGAGGAGGACCUGGUGGACUCGCUGUCCGAGGGCGAUACGUACCCCAACGGCCUGCAGGUGAACUUCCACAGCCCCCGGAGUAGCCAGAGGUGCUGGGCUGCACGGACCCAGGUGGAGAAGCGGCUGGUGGUGCUGGUGGCACUUCUGGCGGCAGGACUGGUGGCCUGCAUGGCAGCACUGGGCAUCCAGUACCAGACAAGAUCCCCCUCUGUGUGCCUGAGCGAAGCCUGUGUCUCAGUGACCAGCUCCAUCUUGAGCUCCAUGGACCCCACGGUGGACCCCUGCCAGGACUUCUUCAGCUACGCCUGUGGGGGCUGGAUCAAGGCCAACCCAGUCCCUGAUGGCCAUUCACGCUGGGGGACCUUCAGCAACCUCUGGGAACACAACCAGGCGAUCAUCAAGCACCUCCUCGAAAACUCCACAGCCAGCGUGAGCGAGGCAGAGAGAAAGGCACAAGUGUACUACCGUGCGUGCAUGAACGAGACCACGAUCGAGGAGCUCAGGGCCAAACCUCUAAUGGAGCUGAUUGAGAGGCUCGGGGGCUGGAACAUCACAGGUCCCUGGGCCAAGGACAACUUCCAGGAUACCCUGCAGGUGGUCACUGCCCACUACCGCACCUCGCCCUUCUUCUCUGUCUACGUCAGUGCCGACUCCAAGAACUCCAACAGCAAUGUGAUCCAGGUGGACCAGUCCGGCCUGGGCUUGCCCUCGAGAGACUAUUACCUGAACAAAACUGAAAACGAGAAGGUGCUGACUGGAUACCUGAACUACAUGGUCCAGCUGGGGAAGCUGCUGGGCGGGGGCGACGAGGAUGCCAUCCGGCCCCAGAUGCAGCAGAUCCUGGACUUCGAGACGGCACUGGCCAACAUCACCAUCCCACAGGAGAAGCGCCGAGACGAGGAGCUCAUCUACCACAAAGUGACAGCGGCUGAGCUGCAGACCUUGGCACCCGCCAUCAACUGGUUGCCUUUUCUCAACACCAUCUUCUACCCUGUGGAGAUCAAUGAAUCCGAGCCUAUUGUGGUCUAUGACAAAGAAUACCUUGAGCAGGUCUCCACACUCAUCAACAAUACAGACAAAUGCCUGCUCAACAACUACAUGAUAUGGAACCUGGUGCGGAAAACCAGCUCCUUCCUCGACCAGCGCUUUCAGGAUGCCGAUGAGAAGUUCAUGGAAGUCAUGUAUGGCACCAAGAAGACCUGUCUUCCUCGCUGGAAGUUUUGCGUGAGUGACACAGAAAACAACCUGGGCUUUGCGUUGGGCCCCAUGUUCGUCAAAGCGACCUUUGCCGAGGACAGCAAGAGCAUAGCCACUGAGAUUAUCCUGGAGAUCAAGAAGGCAUUUGAGGAAAGCCUGAGCACCCUGAAGUGGAUGGAUGAGGAAACCCGAAAAUCAGCCAAGGAAAAGGCAGAUGCCAUCUACAACAUGAUAGGUUACCCCAACUUCAUCAUGGACCCCAAGGAGCUGGACAAAGUGUUCAAUGAUUACACCGCAGUUCCAGACCUCUAUUUUGAGAACGCCAUGCGGUUUUUCAACUUCUCAUGGAGGGUCACUGCCGACCAGCUCAGGAAAGCCCCCAACAGAGAUCAGUGGAGCAUGACCCCGCCCAUGGUGAACGCCUACUACUCGCCCACCAAGAAUGAGAUCGUGUUUCCGGCCGGGAUCCUGCAGGCACCAUUCUACACCCGCUCCUCACCCAAGGCCUUAAACUUUGGUGGCAUCGGUGUCGUCGUGGGCCACGAGCUGACUCAUGCUUUUGAUGAUCAAGGACGGGAGUAUGACAAGGACGGGAACCUCCGGCCGUGGUGGAAGAACUCAUCAGUGGAGGCCUUCAAGCGUCAGACCGAGUGCAUGGUGGAGCAGUACAGCAACUACAGCGUGAACGGGGAGCCGGUGAACGGGCGGCACACCCUGGGGGAGAACAUCGCUGACAACGGGGGCCUCAAGGCGGCCUAUCGGGCCUACCAGAACUGGGUGAAGAAGAACGGGGCUGAGCAGACGCUGCCCACCCUGGGCCUCACCAAUAACCAGCUCUUCUUCCUGGGCUUUGCACAGGUCUGGUGCUCCGUCCGCACACCCGAGAGCUCCCACGAAGGCCUCAUCACCGAUCCCCACAGCCCCUCUCGCUUCCGGGUCAUCGGCUCCCUCUCCAAUUCCAAGGAGUUCUCAGAACACUUCCGCUGCCCAUCUGGCUCACCCAUGAACCCUCCUCACAAAUGCGAAGUCUGGUAAGGAUGGAGCGGAGACAGCCAAGAUGGAGGGGCUGAGGAUGAGCCCCCGUCCAGCCUCCAGGGCAUUACUCAGCCCGCUUGGCCACCCAGGGCCCCGCUUCCCCGCACUGGAGGGUUUUCAGCCAGAAUGGAGCCCGUAGUGUUGGCUCUCAACAAAACCCUCGAUCUGAUCCCCUUUGAAGACAUGGACAUCCCAGGCACACACGUGCGCCACCUUCAGCGGGCAUUCGGGUGUCAGGCUGGUGGCUCAUCAGGCCUGGGCCCCAUGCUAACAAGCGCCAGAUACACCACAAAUACCACUGUGUCAAAUGCUUUCAAGAUAUAUUUUUGGGGAAACUAUUUUUUAAACAUUGCGGAAUACACUGGAAAUCUUCAGGGAAAAAUGCAUUUAAAACACUUUUUUUUUUAAAGGAAAGAAUUGGUAUAUUUAUUAUGUUCUGUUUUUCUAAAUAACCUGUGGACAAGGGAAACCCCGCUGACUUACUCCCCCUCUUCCCCACUCACUGUGAGGCUGGGCUGAGGCAGGGAGCCUUGGGCCACAGAGCAAGUCUCCGAAUCGGAGAGCUGCCUCAGCCCUUGGGAUGUGUGACUUCAGCUCCUGUCACCUCAUGCGGAGGCGUGGAGACCAGUAGAAGUGUGGAGGCCAGGCAGAGGGAAGAGCCAGCUCUGGGGGCCCAGCUCGUGGGCACUGCCCCUUCAGCUAGCCUGCCCCUGUCCCGACUCCAGCAGUGGGAGCCCUAGCAGGGAAGUUCUGAUCCCCAAAGCCACAGCAGGGGACUGAUGGCUAUGGCAGAAUGAGGCCAGGUCAGGACCCUCAAAAACCACCUGGGAGCACCAAGCACCCUGAAUCCAGACUGCAGGAGUCCUGCGGGGUGAGACUCCCUCGGAGUUACACUGCUGGCCACAGGUGUCUCCCUCUUGGCCCCACAUUUUCGGGCUCCCAUGUCCAUCUCAGGGGCCAGUUACCUCUCUGCAGCAGUCCCCCAGCCCAGCCACGCCAGAGUCUAUCUGGCCAACCCUCUUCUCCAGAGAAAGGAGAAAAGAGAAAACAGACCAGAUGUGGUGGUUCACUCCUGUAAUCUCAGCACUUUGAGAGGCUGAGACAGGUAGAUCACUUGAGGUCAGGAGUUUGAGACCAGCCUGGCCAAUGUGGUGAAAUGCCAUCUCUGCUAAAAAUACAAAAAAAAAAAAGGAAUGGUGGUGGGCACCUGUAAUUCCAGCUACUCAGGAGGCUGAGGCAAGAGAAUUGCUUGAACUCAGGAGGCAGAGGUUGCAGUGAGCUGAGAUUGUGCCACUGCACUCCAGCCUGGGCAACAGAGUGAGAGUCCGUCUCAAAAAAAAAAGAAAAAAGAAAACAGCUCUCACCUCCCGCGGGACCUAAAUCUUCCCUCUGAACACCAUCAUCCAUCACAUGGCUGGGCCUGGCUCCUGGGACCGGUCCUCUAGUGCCUUAUCUGAGGCUGCAGCCCCCAGUCUCCACCCCCAGGAGGCAGCCCCAGCCCCUAGAUGCCCCUUGGCUCCUCAGUGCAGCCCCCAGGUGUCCUGAUGGAAACAUAGGCCGUAGUCCCAUUCCCCCAGUGCCUGCAGGGCUGCCCCCCACGGCUGCCCAUGAGCUCUGGCCUGCAGGUCCGUAACACCGGGCUUCGGGAGGCUGUGGAACCGCUGGACUCAUCCUGGGCUGCCAUC